AUGUCGCAGUUUAUGCAGCGUGUCCAAGGCGACGGCGCCCAGCCCACUUUCACUCGAGAUACUGUCCGUUCGGUCCGCAGCCUUUGGGAUUUUUUCUUAGCAUGGCUUCGCAUCACCUGGUUUGACAUCCUGACUAUGGGAGUCCUCGGCGGUGCCGCCCUUGGUAUUUACCAAGCUCCUGUGGCUGCAACAAGAAAUUUCCCCAUUACAUUCAACGGCUCUGGCGACAUUGUUUACCCGCAGUUCGCGUACCCUUAUCGCGGUUGGAUCAUCGAGACAUGGGUGUCCGGGUUGCUCUCCGCCCUAGUCCCCAUUGUGGUCAUGCUCCUGGCUCAAUUCCGUGUUAGGAGUUUUUGGGACCUCAACAACGCUGUCAUUGGUGUUCUUUUCUCCUUAAUCCUUGGUUCCUUGAUACAGGUCGUCGUCAAGCAACUGAUUGGCGGUUUCCGUCCCUAUUUUCUCGAGGUUUGUAUGCCUGAUAUAUCGCGUGCAGCCUCGAGCAACACUACCGGACUCAACGCAGUUGGGUUUCGGCAAAUCAUGUACUCAGUCGAUGUCUGCACACAGCCCGACAAGGAUAUGCUGAAGAAUGCCAUGACAUCGUUUCCUUCCGGGCACUCUACGGCUGCCUUUGCGGGCCUCGUCUUCCUUUUCCUGUACCUGAACGCCAAGCUAAAGGUGUGGGCCGACUACCGCCCUGCAUUAUGGAAGAUAGCCCUGACGUUUGCGCCGCUUUUCGGUGCUCUACUUAUCGCCUGUUCCCUUACCAUCGAUCAAGCUCACAACUGGUACGACAUUGUGGUGGGGAGUGCGAUUGGUACCGCCGUUGCAUUCGCCUCUUACCGCGGAUCUUAUGCCGCCGUAUGGGAUUGGAGAUUCAAUCACCUACCUCUUGAAAAGCGCGAUCAGUUCGAUUACUUUGCGGAAGAUGGAACAGACUAUCGUCAUCUUGUCUUCACAAGAGCGGCGGGUUGGGGGCAAGGAAGAGACGAAGCCUCGGAAAAACGCCAGUUUAGUGGACGAAGUAGUGGUACCUAUGCCACGCAACAGACUGCAUUCCAGGGUGCUCCUUACAGCGAAUCAAUGCCCCCACAACCCCCCCGAACUCGCUACAAACAACAUCGGGAAACUUUACAGGGCGACGAUGCAGUAUGA